UUUUUGAAUAUAAGGAAACAUGUAGCAUAAUCAGUACAUUUUCCUCAAUUAAUCAAAAUAUAAUCGAAUUUCGCUAGAACCAAUUCAGAAUGAGAUUAACCUGUCAAAGAAAACGAAUUCAUUUUGUGUAACAUUGCCAACAAUUGCAAUGGAUAAUAAAAAAAUUGUGCGUAUAUAUUCUGACAAUACUGGUUAUCGUAGACCAGUGAGAAGCUACAAUUUAAGUUAUGGGUUUAAUUUAUCUGAAGAGACCUCAGAUAUUGAAGAUGAUGUCAGUUGUAAAUCUAGAAAAUCACAUUCAUCUAUUUCGUCACCUUCAUCAAUAUCGGUAAUAGAAUCUGUGCCAGCUUCAACAUCAUCAUCAUCAUCAACAUCAACAUCAUUUAAUCAAAGAAAACAUGUUGUGAAAGAAUUAGUCAAAACUCAAGCGGAUUUCGCAUCAGAUAUGAGAAAUAUCUUGACUGCAUUUGAUUCUGUUAGUUUGAAGGUUAAUGAAUCCAAUCGAUAUUCAUUGUUGGGAAAUUUGGAUCAAUUAACACGUGUUUCUGACGAUAUGUCAAUGGAAUUUCAAAAAGAAGUAUCUGUAUAUUCUGAUCAUCAACUUGGUAAUGCUUGCAUAGCGACAUGUCUAAAUCCCUUCAGAAAGUCUAUAAAUGAAGCAUUGAAAACAUACAUCUUAAAUUUCUCAGUAGAUGCUUGUACAAAGAAUCCAGAAAUUCAAACAUUUUCAAUGCUGGGUUUCAAAAAUCUACAAAAUGAACGCCCAAACAUAUUAACUUUGAAUGACGAAUUAAUUAAACCAGUCCAACGAUUAGUUAAAUUGAAACAACUAUUUGAAUUAUUGAAAGAUGUAACACCAAUAAAUCAUCCAGAUUGCGUAGCAACUAUGCAGAUGUUCAAUAAUUUUGAUCGAUUAGCCUAUGAAGUGAAUGAAGCUAAACGAUGGAAAGAGAUUUGUGCCAGUGUUUCUGAAGAAACUCGAAAACAUUCGUUAUUGCAGUUGGUUGACAAAGGCACUAAAAGAAUAAUAGCCAAGGCCGCACGCAGCUACGGCUCAGAAGUGACUAAUAAAAUUCAACCAAAGUUUGUGACAGAACGAGAAGCUAUCAACCAUAUAGAAAAAUCAUGUACUUUAUUACAGUGUGCUGUUGAAUCUCGAUGUAAAAAAACUCGCAGAUUGAUACUUGCACAGAAAGAUUUUAUCUCUUUUAUGAAAAAGGCAUUUUUACGACGAAGUCUAAUUAAACUCCAUGCUGAUAUACCAAUAACUGAUUGUUCAACAAAUGAUUUACCUUUUGAUUUGAUAAUAAAUUAUGAAAUAGCAUUUGAUACAUUAAUUCAUUAUAUGGAUGAUAUAUAUUUGAGAACAAUGACAUCUAGUGUAUUGAAUCGCUUAAGUGAAUUGAAAAAAUUAAUAACUAUUUCAAAACGUCUUUUGGAUAAAUUUGAUAAUACAGAAUUAAAUAUUGUUUUAGCGGAAGCUUCCAUAAGAAACCAAAACCAAAAAAAUAUUCAAGCUAUUGCGAAUAUGCAAUUACAACGAGAAGACAAUAUACGAAAUCUAUCUACUUUACAAUGUGGACUAAAAAACAUGCUACCUGCAUUGAUAAAGAAUGCCAACAGUAUUUUACAAUCAGCUAGUCAGUACGCCUAUAAACUUCAAUCAAAUCUUAUGCAAGAAGCUGAAAAUUUAGUCCACAAAUGUAUCAAAGAUGCUGAAGAAGUCAAUAUAACGAAACCACCUGGAUGUAAUAUAUCUCCUGCAGAAUUUAUUGCUACUAUAGAUAAAUUAAAAUCUCUUCUCAAUGAAACAAAACGUUGUCGUACUCAAAGAACAUAUGAAUUGCCUUAUGGGUUUAAAUUAGAAGAAGAAUCAAUAUGCAGAGACAAGAAUCAUCUAACUCCUCGGGAAUCUCCUGUGAUGUCAGUUAGCAGUUAUCUGUCAACUUCAGGCACAGACAUACAACCGAGUUUAACAAGUUUAACUGAAAAUAUUAGUAAAAAUUCUUUAUCACCAUAUCCUAAUAUGAAAAUAAUUUAUUGUGAGUCUGAUUAUCAACAGGAACAAAAAAUGCGCAGAUCUUCGUCAAGUGGUGACAUCACCGAACAUAUAACUGGGAAAGAACAACCUUCAACCUCAAAAGUGUGUGUGAAUGAUGAUUUGCCCGAUGAGCCAACUCACAGGAUUACUCACGACCUUUCUUCAAAAGAUGAAAGUGUUCUCAUUUUGCCUAAAGGUCAGUUAGUGACAAUUAUAAGAUCCUAUGGUCUCAAUGGGAGUACCAAUUGGAGUUUGGUCAGAUUUCAUCCAUAUGGUGAAAUUAAAUUUGUACCAACUAACUAUCUUGAAGCAAUAUCCAAUGUAUAGUCCUAUCACUUUUUCGUCUUUGUUUGAAAUCUUUUGUAUACCAGUCUAAAUCAUUUUUUCAAACUUUUAGUUUCAUUAGUACAUGCAUUAACUCCGUUGUAAACCAAUAAUAUUUAUGUAAUACUUCAAUUUUUAAACAAGUGACUUGAUUUUAGCCUGUUCUGCUCGUUAAUUUACUGACGUCAAUUGACCAUAGUCAAAUGAGUGAAUAAUUUUGAUGUUUGGAUUUACACAUGCCCUAUCAAUGUAGGAUGAAAGAGAAAAUAUGUCAAAACAGUUGUUUCAUCAACAAUUUCAAGUUAAGUUCGGUGUAUAAAUUUAAAACAUCUAGUGAACUAGUUUUUCCUUCGUUCUUCCAGUAACACGAAGGAUAUCAGAAAUGAUCCACAGUUUCACUUCUUUUAAAUCAAGUACUCUCCAUACUUCUUACUUUGUUUUUCAGAAUUAAGCCAAACAUUUUGAUGUUUAAAAGCUAAUUAGCA